GCUAGAGCUUUGCGGCUCUCCGGUCACCUUUAACGACACGGACCCGGAUGCCGCCGUAGAAAUCAGGGACAUCGACCUGCCAGCGAAGCCGCCGCCCGUGUGGGGCUACUGGCUGGACGUGGCUUGUGCAAGGUGGUCUCCUCAUGACCAAAGCUGGGUCUUUGAUGGCGUCGAAGUGAAACAGCCUGUGUACAACGAUGACGUGAAGGUCACGUGCAGGGCCUUCUACGGCGGCGCCGCCUACGCUGCAGUUUGGCUACCCGUUGAGGUGACCACCUCCACGACAACGCUGGAAUGGACGUACCCGGCAUAUACAACGUUCUUCGUGCCGAGCCUGCCCCCGGUCUAUGUGGUCUCCUGCAACGAAACGCUCUUGCCCGACCCUCCUGCAGGCUCCUGGGACUGCACCAAGCCCGGAGAGGGCCAGGAAUGUAGGGCUCCCUGCUUCGGCUUCCC